CGCCUGCCUCCCGGCCCGCCGCCCUCCUCCUCCUCCUCCUCCUCCUCCUCCUCCAGCGAGGGCGGGCGGAGGGAGGGAAGCGGCAGCCCCGAGCGGGAGGCGAGGGAGGCGGCGCGCCGGGAGCCAUGCGGGAGUACAAGGUGGUGGUGCUGGGCUCGGGCGGCGUGGGCAAGUCCGCCCUCACCGUCCAGUUCGUGACCGGCUCGUUCAUCGAGAAGUACGACCCCACCAUCGAGGACUUCUACCGCAAGGAGAUCGAGGUGGACUCCUCGCCGUCGGUGCUGGAGAUCCUGGACACGGCGGGCACCGAGCAGUUCGCCUCCAUGCGGGACCUCUACAUCAAGAACGGGCAGGGCUUCAUCCUGGUCUACAGCCUGGUCAACCAGCAGAGCUUCCAGGACAUCAAGCCCAUGCGGGACCAGAUCAUCCGCGUCAAGAGGUACGAGCGGGUGCCCAUGAUCCUGGUGGGCAACAAGGUGGACCUGGAGGGCGAGCGGGAGGUCUCCUUCGGGGAAGGCAAGGCGCUGGCCGAGGAGUGGAGCUGCCCCUUCAUGGAGACCUCGGCCAAAAACAAAGCCUCGGUGGACGAGCUCUUCGCCGAGAUCGUCAGGCAGAUGAACUACGCCUCGCAGCCCAACGGGGACGAGCAGUGCUGCGCCGCCUGCGCCAUCCUCUGAGAGCGGCCGGCGGCCGGGGCUGCGGGAACAAAGGUCCGCGGCGGCCGGCACCGAGAGCACCGGGACCGAGCACCGGGUACCGGCACCGGGCAUCGCCGCCGGGCACCGGCACCGCCACCGGCACCGCCACGGGCACCGGCACCGGCACGGCCGGGGGGCGGGCGCGGCGCCCCGGGCAUCCGCGGGGGGGGAAGAAAAAAAAAAAAAGAAAAAAAAAAAAGAAAAAAAAUCGCGUUGGAAACGUGGCUUUUCUCAGCAUGUACGUUCAUCGAGUCUCGACCGUCGCGUGUUCCCUUGGUGUCUGCCGCAGACGGCUGUGGGCAGCGGGCACGGGAGGAGGCCGGGCCCGGCCCGGCGCCGCGGAUCUAUGCAAAGCGGGCAUUGCACAUCGGAGCGGGACUGGCAGCGCUGCUGCCGCCAGCGUGGGGUGCCGGAAAGCGUCUGCUGAUCACUUGUGAAAUAAUUUUCUAUUUUGUUUACCUGCUGUAUCAGAUGGGAGUUUGCAGAGAGUGGUAGCGUGUUGGUUUUUUCCUGUUUUUUUUUUUUUUUUUAAUCAGCUGUGAAAAUGUUACAAAUCUGCACAA